UCUGCGAGUUCCGUGAAGCAAGUCGGUCCAAGAUGUGAAGCCAUGGCGCUCUGCACGGACGUGCGAAGCUUUGCCAUUCCCCAAGCCGCAGGAGGGACAGCUUUCCACUUGAGGUCCAUUUGUGGCUCGACGUCAUCUUCCCCGCGUUCCCAUAGAGCCGCCGGUGCCCUUCUGGUCGCAUGUUUGGCUUUUGCUCCUGGAGCGCGAUUACUUGGUUGGCUAGGUCGAAAGCGGCAUCGGAAGGCCCGUGUCCAUGCACUCGUGCGAGACACAUCGCCAAAUAACGUGCGAUGGAAGCUGGCCGCACAGGGGACGCCUUUGCCUGAGGACGAUCCAGAUGGACAGCUCAAGCAACAGGUAGAAGAUCUUUGGGAAGAUCUGGAGCCAAAGCUAAUGUAUUUGCCUCGCGAUGACCGUUUGCGAGCUCUUUCCGGCCUUUGUGUUGCAGCGUUGGCACACAAAGGGCAGCGCAGAAAAUCUGGAGAGCCAUACAUCGUGCACCCUGUGGCUGUGGCUGAACUCUUAGCUCUGCUCAAGGUGCAGGUGGAUGUGAUCAUUAGUGGACUGCUUCAUGACACCGUGGAGGACAAUGACGAUAUACGAUUUGAAGACUUGGAGAGUAUUUUUGGUCUUGACGUCCGGCGCAUAGUGGAAGGCGAAACAAAAGCCUCCAAGCGAACAGCGUUGGGUGGUAGGGGCAACUGGAGCCGCCGCUACACUUCUUUGUUCAACAAGUUCCUGGGAAACGGGGAGAAUAAAGACUCCUCCCCACCAAAGGAAAUGGGGAAGGCACAGGAGCAAGCGGAAAACCUGAGAGAUAUGUUUCUGGCAAUGGCGGAUGACUACAGAGUGAUUUUGGUGAAGCUGGCCGACCGUUUACAUAAUAUGCGAACGCUCCAGUACAUGCCAGAGAUAAAGCAAAAGACAAUUGCAGCAGAGACUCUUGUCGUGUUUUCUCAACUUGCUCACCGACUUGGCGUUUGGCUUUUCAAGACGGAGCUGGAGGAUUUGUCUUUCCAGUAUUUGUACCCGACGGAAUUUCGGACGCUGAAUCAGCUUUUGAGUAUGAGACAUGCACAGCAUCAAUCGACGCUCCAAGCUGCAACCCAUGACUUCUCCAACCUCCUUAGGCAUGAUCCAAUUUUCAUAGAGCAAAACGUUCGGAUUGAGAUCACCGGAAGGGAGAAAGGCAUGUACUCCUUGUGGGAGAAGAUGCGUCGAAAACCAAAGUAUCACAACAACAUUGACAAUAUUGACGAUAUCAUUGCUUUGCGGAUAGUGCUGGACAUCGACCAGCUUGAUGGUGAAAGUGAUGAUGACUACGCAUCUCGGGGGGCCAAAUUGUGCAAUCAUGCACUGGCGUUGGCGCGCAAGCUGCCAAAGUGGUCUGGAGGGGAGGGGCUGAAGAACUACAUUGCCUUCCCCAAGCCAAAUGGUUACCAGUCUUUACACGUGACCUUCAUCCACGACGAUGCCCCUGUGCCUUUGGAGAUUCAGAUUCGCACCCGGCAAAUGCACGAAGUUGCAGAGUAUGGAAUGGCAGCUCAUUGGAUCUACAAGAGCGGGCAGCGUGGCAAGCCACAGAAGGCCAAGAAGCAAAGCCGCCGUGUGGCGUGGUUAGAAUCCUUGGCCGACAAAGACUGGGAACUACGAGCCGACCCCCAGGCAUUUGUUCAGGAGGUCUUGCGGGAUGAGCUCGGGAAGAGGUGCUUUGUCUUCCUUCGAGAUGGCACCAUUUUGAAUCUAUCACGUGGUUGCACUGCUCUUGAUGCUGCCUUCAAGAUUCACUCAGAGGUUGGAAUGCACAUGCUGUACCCUGAGAUCAAUGACAAACAGGUACCGCCAUUCUAUGAACUGCAGAAUGGUGACCGUGUUAACAUUGUCACUGCAGAGGACGCAGUCCCGCAGAGAGAAUGGUUGGCUUGUGCCUUCCUCCGGUCUACGCGGAACAGACUGUCAGCGCACUUUAGAAAGCAAUCGAAGGAGAAAGAUCGUGCUGUUGACCUCGCAGCAGCAUUGGCAACAGCGGCCACAGCAGCUGCAGCGUUGCCACUUGUGCAUUAGUCAUUUAUCCUGCGCCUGAAGAGUGCUUUACAUUCCCAGGCCCUACCUUAAGCAGUUUCACCCAUGCACGGCAACAGGCAAUGCAGGUUCCAGAAUGAUGGUGCGGUACUGCCCUACCCAAGUGCCUGGUUCAUGAUUUGAGCCGUUGGCUCAACAUGCCAUUGGUAUAUAGGAAUUAGGAUACUUUUUAACUUGUACACAGUUGUCGGCGCAGAGUCGAAUUUUCCGGGCAGGAUGCAGCGACCAGAAUUUUGCACUCCAAACAAAGCUACAAAAAAA